AAAUGUCACUGAUUCCAAGUUUCUUUGGUGGUCGAAGGAGCAAUGUUUUUGAUCCAUUCUCCCUCGAUGUUUGGGACCCUUUCAAGGAUUUUCCUUCUUCCAGUUCUCUUUCUGCUUCGUUCCCUGAAUUUUCUAGGGAAAAUUCUGCAUUUGUGAGCACACGAGUGGAUUGGAAGGAGACCCCAGAAGCCCAUGUUUUCAAGGCUGAUCUUCCUGGGCUGAAGAAGGAGGAAGUGAAGGUUGAGAUUGAAGAUGACAGGGUUCUUCAGAUAACAGGAGAGAGGAACGUUGAGAAAGAAGACAAGAAUGAUAAAUGGCAUAGGGUGGAGCGUAGCAGUGGCAAGUUCAUGAGGAGGUUCAGGUUGCCAGAGAAUGCCAAAAUGGAACAAGUGAAAGCUUCCAUGGAAAAUGGGGUUCUUACUGUCACAGUUCCAAAGGAAGAGGUCAAGAAGCCUGAUGUUAAGGCCAUAGAAAUCUCUGGUUAAAUAAAACAAACUAAGCUGUUUUUUGGUUUGAAGUCGUGUGCUUUUCUUUGUUGUAAUGCUUAUAUAUGGUGUGAUAUGCUUAAUUUUUGUACUACUUGUGUGAUAUGUGUGAGGAAAUAUCAUGUAAUGUGCAUGAUGUAUUGUAAUUGCAUAAAAUAAAUAAAUAGUUUUCUUGGUGAGAUAUUGUUACAUUC